AUGAUAACGAGAGAGCUGAAGGCAGAUGCAUGCUUGAACCCUCAUAUGGGGGCUAUGUGGGAGACCAAUAGGUCUGUGAAAGAGAACUCCAGUCAGAGUAAGAAAUACAGCACACAAAUAGAGAGUCUUGGUCCUGGGAGUGCUCACAGGCACUCCUGGAGCUUCCAUUAUCAUGAAGCAACUGAACCACUUGAGGCUAUCAACCAACUUCAGAAAUUAUGCCAUCAGUGGCUGAGGCCAGAGAUCCACUCAAAAAAGCACAUUUUGGAAAUGCUGAUACUAGAGCAGUUCCUGACCAUUCUGCCCAAGGUGACCCAGAACUGGGUGCAGAAGCAUCAUCCACAGCAUGUCAAACAGGCUCUGGUCCUGGUGGAACGCUUGCAGAGAGAACCUGGUGGAACAAAGAAUGAGAGUUUGUUGACAUUUGAAGAUACGGCUAUGUACUUUUCCGAAGAAGAAAGGCAAUUAUUAGAUCCUCUUGAGGAGACUCUCUACAAUGAUGUAAUGCAGGAUAUCUAUGAGACUGCCAUCUCUCUAACGUUAAAGCUAAAAAAUGACACUGGAAAUGACUAUCCUAUAAUAUCUGUUUCUGCAUCUGAAAUACAAACAGCAGGAUACAAAGUAUCAAAAAAGAACAGAAUGAAUAUUGCCCAGAAAACAAAGGGCAGGGAAAAUCAUGGUGAUACCCACAGGGUACAGAAACGGCAUCAAGCUUUUCCAAGGAAGAAAAGAAUUACAACUUGUAAACAAGAGCUUCCAAAACUUAUGGAUCUUCACGGGAAAGGCCACACAGGAGAGAAACCUUUUAAAUGUCAGGACUGUGGGAAAAUCUUCAGAGUUAGCUCUGAUCUUAUUAAGCACCAGAGAAUUCACACUGAAGAGAAACUCUAUAAAUGUCAACAAUGUGACAGGAGGUUUAGAUGGAGUUCAGGUCUUAAUAAGCACUUCAUGACACAUCAAGGAAUAAACCCAUAUAGAUGCUUAUGGUGUGGGAAAAGCUUUAGUUAUGACACAAAUCUACAAACACACCAAAGAAUUCACACAGGAGAGAUGCCCUUUAAAUGUCAUGAAUUUGGGAAAAUAUUCAUUCACAAAUCCCACCUUAUUAAAUAUCAGAGAACUCACACAGGUGAGCAGCCUUAUACUUGUAGCAUAUGCAGGAGAAACUUUAGUAGGCACUUGAGCCUUCUCAGAUACCAGAAACUCCACAGAAGAUGGGAAGCAUGUCCAAUGUCUCCAAACUGA